ACCACUUCUUCAUAAUCUUAAACGCAAAAUACCAACCAAAACCAAAAUAUAUUCUCUUUGAAUCGGAAAAAUACUCUGUUGAAUUCUAUACAGUUAGCUACCAAUGGAAGGAAAACAUAAGUUUUUUCAUGGAACACUUGAAGCUACCAUCUUCCAUGCCACACCUUACUCUCCAAUUUUUCCCUUCAAUUGUGUAUUUGCAAAUGGGAAGCCUGCAUAUGUGACUAUAAAGAUAAACGACAAAACAGUAGCUAAAACGACACCAGAAUGCGAGCGCGUUUGGAACCAAAGCUUUCAAAUCCUAUGUGCCCAUUCUUCCAGCUCAAUCAUCACCGUGACGUUGGAAACUUCAUGCUCAAUCUUGGGAAAGUUCCAAGUCCAAGCUCAUCAAAUAUUAGACGAAUCGAGUUUGAUUAAUGGGUUCUUCCCUCUUUCAACGGAGAAUGGAAAACAGCCUAAUCAGGAGCUCAAACUCCGGUUCUUGCUGUGGUUCAAACCAGCAGAAAACGAACCAACUUGGGAGAGAACAAUACAUAGUAAUGAUGAAUUUCAAGGGCUGAAGAAUGCUUAUUUUCCACAACGGUCAAAUACCCAUGUCACGCUCUAUCAAGAUGCUCACCAUUGCUCAACUUUCCAGCCUCCACUUGAUAUUUGUGGCACACCUAGAAAGCUAUGGGAGGAUGUGUACAAAGCCAUUGAGGGAGCUAAGUACUUGGUUUACAUUGCAGGCUGGUCUUUCAAUCCUAAAAUGGUUCUGGUUAGAGAUUUUCAAAUUGAAAUCCCACAUGCGAAAGGGGUACAACUAGGAGAAUUGCUAAAGCGGAGAGCAGAAGAAGGCGUGGCAGUAAGAUUAAUGCUUUGGGACGAUGAAACCUCCUUACCACUAAUCAAGAACAAAGGGGUAAUGAGAACUCACGACGAAGAUGCAUUGGCUUACUUCAAACACUCAAAAGUAGUAUGCAAAUUAUGUCCAAGACUUCACAACAAGUUCCCCACACUCUUUUCCCACCACCAAAAAACCAUCACAGUAGACACCAGGUCCAAUGCCACUAGCACAGAUCGAGAAAUUAUGAGCUUCAUCGGCGGAUUAGACCUCUGUGACGGCCGCUAUGACACCGAGCAACACUCGCUGUUUCGCACACUCAAUGCCGAGUCUCAUUGCUUUGAUUUCUACCAAACAAACAUUGCAGGCGCCAACCUUCACAAAGGUGGCCCUAGAGAGCCUUGGCAUGACUCUCACGCUUGCUUGACUGGGAAAGCGGCUUGGGAUAUCUUAACCAAUUUUGAGCAAAGAUGGACCAAACAGUCGGACCCUUCAUUAUUGGUCCCUACCAGUACAUUAUCGAAGCUCAUUAACGAGACGUAUGAUAAUAAUAACAAUAAUAUCUCACCACCAAACACCACCCCAGAUCAUCAUCAUCAUCAUCGACCUAGGAACUGGAAAGUUCAAGUGUUUCGAUCAAUUGACCACGUGUCAGUAACCCAGUUGUUCAGAAACUUGACCGUUGAGCAAAGCAUUCACGAGGCUUACGUAGAAGCUAUUAGGAAAGCUGACAAGUUUAUAUACAUCGAGAACCAAUAUUUUAUUGGAGGGUGUCAUUUGUGGGAGAAAGAUAGGGAAAGUGGAUGUACUAAUCUGAUUCCAGUUGAGAUUGCGCUCAAAGUGGUGAAUAAGAUUAAGGCAAAGGAGAGAUUUGCGGUUUAUAUUUUGAUUCCUAUGUGGCCGGAAGGAGUGCCGGAGUGUGAUUCUGUUCAGGAUAUUUUGCAUUGGACUAGAGAAACUAUGGCCAUGAUGUAUAAACUGAUUGGAGAAGCCAUCGAAGAAAGUGGUUGUUCGAGUCACCCGAGAGACUACUUGAAUUUCUUUUGCCUUGCUAACCGGGAAUCGCAAAGGGGUGGAGAAUAUGUGCCACCCUAUUCUCCACACCGAAAUUCUCAUUACUGGAAUGCCCAACACCAUAGGAGGUUCAUGGUGUAUGUUCACUCCAAGCUCAUGAUAGUGGACGACGAGUACAUCCUCAUAGGCUCGGCAAACAUAAACCAGAGAUCGAUGGACGGGGGAAGAGACACCGAGAUCGCCAUAGGUUGCUACCAACAAGAGCCUGAAGCGACAGAGGUCCGUGCCUUCCGUACGUCGUUAUGGUACGAGCACACGGGCGGGUCAAACGACAUCCUUGAACUAGAGCCGCACAGCUUGGAAUGCGUUAGGAAAAUGCGUACGAUUGGAAAGAAAAUGUGGAACAUUUACAGUGGCGAUGAAGUAGUGGACAUGGAUGGAGUCCACCUCGUCUCGUACCCCAUUUCUGUAACUGAAAACGGUCGAGUUGAGGAUGUUGAUGAGGAUAGUAAAGGUCUUUUUCCUGAUACCAACACUCCUGUUAAAGGGAAAAGAUCCAUUUUACCCCCAGUUUUUACCACCUGAUCAAAAUAAAGGCUAUAUAUAUAACAUAUAUAAUAUUAUGUUUGGGAUUUCUUCACUCUUCUUUCUUUUUUUAACUAAUUGACUAAUUCAAACACGAUUAUUCAAUAAUUACGUGUGAUAUUGAAAUAUGUAUAUAAGAAGCUAAGAUGAGAGAAGAUCGAGUUUUAUUUAUUUUUAAAUUUAAAAAAAAAUAUUGACAUAUUUAUGUUUGAGAAUAAGAAAAGAUGAUAUUAAUUAUAUUUUAUUGCCAUGUCUUAGGGACGUGUUAUGUAUUUUGACCUAUGUAAUUUGUAUUAAUGAAGAUAAUCAUUGUUGCGUGU